AUGGAUACAGUGAAAUAUAUUUUGGUUACUGGCGGGGUCAUCAGCGGGAUCGGCAAAGGUAUUAUCUCUAGCAGCAUCGGGACUAUUUUAAAAGCAUACGGAUGGAAUGUUACGUGUAUAAAAAUUGAUCCUUAUUUAAACAUUGAUGCUGGUACCUUCUCCCCCUUUGAACAUGGAGAAGUUUACGUUCUGGAUGAUGGAAGUGAAGUUGACCUUGAUCUGGGAAAUUAUGAAAGAUUUUUAAAUAUAACACUGACCAAAGAUAAUAACAUUACGACUGGAAAAAUUUAUCAGAAAGUAAUUGAAAAAGAACGUCGUGGAGAUUACCUUGGGAAAACAGUACAAGUCGUCCCACACAUCACAGAUGCUAUUAUUGAAUGGGUCACAAAUGUUUCUCGAAUUCCAGUAGAUGAAAGUGGUUCAACCCCAGAGGUAUGCAUCAUUGAACUUGGUGGUACAAUCGGCGAUAUUGAAUCUAUGCCCGUACGUGAACUGCGUGCCUGCGGCUUACAUCCAGAUCUUCUUAUGUGUCGUUGUAGUUCACCGCUACCCUCUAGUGUCAUCAACAAAAUCAGCCUAUUUAGUCAAGUUGCAGUAGAACGUGUUAUUGUUUCCUUAGAUGUUAGUGAUUUAUAUGAAGUGCCUUUACGAUUAAAUGAUCAAAAUUUAUGCUCAAUACUACUGGAGCAUUUCCAAUUGAAUCCUAAACUACACAUCGAAUAUCCAAUUCUUGGGAAAUGGAAAGCAUUGACUCGUCAAAUGGAGCUGGCAUCGGAAGUUGUCCAUAUAGCUAUAGUUGGAAAAUAUACCAAACUUAGUGACGCUUAUUUGUCAUUGUUGAAGGCUCUUCGUCAUGCUGCAAUUUAUACAAAUUUAAAACUGGAUCUUUCACUUGUGUGUGCUGAGGAUCUCGAAGAAAACACCCGUAUCGUGAGUCCAGAUGCAUUUCAUCAAGCUUGGCUCACUUUGAGUAGCUCUAAUGCUGUUGUUGUUCCUGGAGGUUUUGGUCAGCGAGGUGUUGACGGGAAACUAGCUGCUAUACGCUUCUGUCGAGAAAGAGGUGUGCCGUUUUUGGGUCUUUGUUUGGGCCUCCAAUGUGCUGUGAUUGAAUUUUCCAGAAACGUACUUGGUUGGAAAGACGCUAAUUCCACCGAAUUUGACCCAAAUACCACUCAUCCAGUGAUCAUUGAUAUGCCUGAACAUAAUUCCGGAAUUAUGGGUGGAACAAUGCGACUUGGUCGACGCCGUACAUUGUUGUAUCUAUCGGAAAUUUCUAAAUCAUACUUACAACGUACCUACAAAUGUUCAGAACUUAUAUGUUCUCACUUAGAUUCACAAUCAAAAGUUUUAUCUGAAUGUAGAGCGAAUGAUUCAUACACUUCAUCGAAAACCUUUAAUUCAGAUAGUAUAAUGCACCGGUUAAUUAAUGCACCAUACUUUGAUGCGCGUCAUCGGCACCGGUAUGAAAUAAAUCCAAAAUACGUCGAUCAACUCGAAGAAUCAGGUCUUAUUGUUGUUGGUCGAGAUGCAGAAGUUGGCAAUCGUAUGGAAAUCAUUGAGCUAUUACAACCUUUGCAUCAAUUUGAAAAUGAUUCGGAUUUAGAAAAUAAAUGUCCUACUCGACAUCCUUUCUUCGUAGCUACUCAGUUCCAUCCUGAAUAUACAAGUCGACCUACUCAUCCAUCAAUUUUCUUUGUUGGACUUGUAUUAGCUGCAUCUAAGCGUUUAAGUGCUUAUGUUCACAAUCCUUUUCGACUUAGUCCUACUCAAUUUGUAUUGGAUGAAGAUGAUAAAAAAGAUACUGUGGAUCUAUUUAAAAUAAGUCCACCUAAAAAACUAAAGGAUACAGUCAGUUACUGCAGUAGGGAAUCUACCAGUACCUGCAUUAUGGAUUCAAUCGAUAGUAGAGUUGACACUAGUUUCUCAGUGAGUGUACUGUCGUCGCUGUGUUGUGAAAGUCCGGUUUUUAUUUAA